CACACACACACACACACACCACCGGGGGAUUUAAACCGCCUGUGUUUUUCUUCUUUUUGUUUCUGCUUUUGUUGAAGGAGGGAAAAAAAAAGAGAGGAGGCACGAGGAAGGAAAGAAAAGGAGAAAUCCAUGUGGCUGUUCUGUCUUUAGCGACAUCUUUUUUUUUUUUUUUUUUUUGGGGAUUGGAUCGCAGGAUGAGCAAAGACAGACCGAAGAGGAACAUCAUCCACAAGAGAAGAGAUGACGACAGCGAUGGGAUCCCCUGGUCGGAAGAGCGAGUGGUGCGGAAGGUCCUCUAUCUCUCACUGAAGGAGUUUAAGAGCGCACAGAAAAGGCAGCUCUGCGACGGCAUCGGCGAUGGAGCCAAAAGCCCAAAUGGCUCUCUGUCGAGUGUCCAGCUCAACGGUUCUGGCUCUAAAGGAGGACACAAAGAGGACGACUCUCGCUCUCAGAGCACGGAUGGAGGGAGCGAGUGCUGGGAGGAUGGACCGGCUAAAAAGAGACCCAGACUGCAGGCCCAGAGGAAGUUCGCUCAGUCUCAGCCCAACUCUCCCAGCAGCACUCCGGUGAAGACGGCCGACCCGUCGCUGCCCACGCCAGCCACGCAGAUCACCGAUCUCUCCAGACGCAAGCCCAAGACCGAGGACUUCCUCACUUUCCUCUGCCUCCGAGGCUCCCCGGCUUUACCCAGUAACGUGGCCUACUUUGGCAGCUCUCAGGAUGAGGACGAGCUGGAGGACGAUGAGGAAUGCGAGGAGGAGAAGCCGCCCAGCGUGGCAUCCACAUCCUGCCAGUCCACACCACGGAAAGGCAAACCGCCCGGCAAACUCAACGGACAGGUGUUUAAUGGCCACACUAAGCUGAUGAAGGAGCGGGAAAGCACGCUGAGGCCCAAACUCAGAGACUCGUCAAUGGGGAAGGAGCGCUCGGAGAGGGUGGAGGAGUGGAGAGACAUCCCACAACCUACCACAACCAGAACUCACACCUCCAUCGGAGUUGGCAUUAAAGGAACCACAGAGGAACUACGCAAGCAGGUCUCUAAAGUGAACGGCUUUUCACAGCCAUCUCCUGCCAACGUGGUCACUGCCAAAAAAUCGAAAGACUGCCGCCUACCCUCCAGAACUGUGAAGUACACGGCCACCGUGACCAAGGGCCACGUCACCUACACCAAAGCGAAAGGAGAACUGGUAAAGAAAGCCAAACUGAACCACAGCAAACAUUCUGCUGCUGCUGCUGGCAGCAAUCAGCAUCCAGCCAGCAACGGGCACGGUGCCCAGCCCCCUCACUCAGGGAAAGCCCCAAGUGGCAAUGCAAAAACCCGCAAACAGGUGCUGUUAUCAAACGAGCUGCAUGGCGCAGCCAAUGGGGACGCCACUGUUCGCUUCAACGGGAGGAUCAACGGACUCCAUAGCUCUAAGGAGGAAGAGUUGGAGGACGAAGGUCGGCAGGGGCGGCAUGGUCUGCGCAAUUCCAAACGUAGGAUGGAUACAGGACAAGAAGUUACGGAGCCUAAGUCCAAGGUUUUGCUCUCAGAGGCUAAAAAGCCUAAACUUGCGUCGCUCCCGGUAGUGGAGACACGCAGCAAGAAGGUGCUAAACCAGGACAAGGCUUCAACAGCCCUUGCAAACGGGCACAGCAUCACGGAAACGGCUGCCUCACCUACACCAAAAACAGGCCCCAUCCCUGCUCCAGCCUCACCAGCUGCCCCAGGCUCCGCCCACCAGAGCCCAGCCAACCCGGAGCCAGCAAGGCAACGGCCUAAGCGUGCCUCAGCCGGGAGGCUGAUGUUCAUCCACAGAGUGCAACAGAGGACCAAGAGCUGGCAUGCUAACUCUAAUGCUAACACUACCUCAACCAGCAGGCCCUUGAGAGGGUCAGAGCCUCAGACCACACCUCAGAGGGUGGAGCGGGAGCGUGAGAGGGAAAAGGAGAGGGAAAAGGAGCGUGAGAGAAGCCGGGCAGGCCUGGCCGUGCUGCCUGAGGUUCCCGUAUUGAGGCCUAACUCGAGGGAAUUUCAGGAUCCACUGGUGUACCUGGACACGGUGCGAGAAUGCGCAGAAGCUAGUGGGCUGUGCCGAGUGGUCCCACCUCCUGACUGGCGUCCCGAGUGCAAGCUAAACGACGAGAUGCGCUUCAUUACGCAGGUGCAGCGGGUGCAUAAGCUCGGCCGCCGCUGGGGCCCCAAUGUUCAGAAACUCGCCUGCAUCAAGAAACACCUCAAAUCUCAGGGCAUCAGCAUGGAGGAGCCACCAGUCAUCGGAGGCUGCGAGUUGGACCUGGCACGCUUCUCUGAAUUGGUCAGCGACAUGGGUGGCAUGCAGCGGGUGAUGGAUCUGAAGAAGUGGAGCCGUUUAGCAGAUCUGCUCCGGAUCCCGAGGUCGGCUCAGGAACGGCUGGCUAAGCUCCAGGAAGCCUACUUGCAGUUCCUGCUCUCCUAUGAUCAGCUUUCUCCGCACGAGCAGCGUCGCCUCGAGCAUGACGUGCUGGCCGAGAAGGAGACGCUGGAGCGCCGCCGGGGGCCCCUGGAGGGUCACUCGGAGAGCUGGAACGGCCACACCUUGCCAAUGCCACGCUACGAGCCCAAGAACGGGCUCCACGGACCAGGGAAGGAGCCGGAGACGCCGCGUAACCCCGGACGCCGUCGACUGUUCACUCACGAGAAGAAGAAAGAGGGGCAUGUAGAAGAGGAAGGAAACGACGGGGUUCUCAGUGACCAGCACAAGUGUAUAUACAAGGGGAGGUCAGUGUCUUUGACCACCUUCUACAGAAUAGCCAGGAAUACGAUGAUGAUGUGCUUUAAUAAGGAACCCGGAGCGUCAGAAGUCGAGCAAGAGUACUGGAGAAUAGUGGAGCAGAGGGACUGCCAUGUAGCGGUGCAUUAUGGGAAAGUGGACACGAGCACACACGGAAGCGGCUUUCCUGUGGGCAAGUCAGAGCCUUUCUCAAAACAUGGCUGGAACCUCACCGUCGUCCCUCACAACUCCGGCUCCAUCCUGCGCCACCUCGGUGCCGUGCCCGGGGUGACUGUUCCCUGGCUGAACAUUGGCAUGGUCUUUUCUACCUCAUGUUGGUCACGAGAUCAAAACCGCCUUCCAUACAUCGAUUACUUACACACUGGUGCUGACUGCAUUUGGUAUUCGAUUCCUGCUGAGGAGAAGGCUAAGCUUGAUAAAGUAGUGCACACGCUGCUGCACGCCAACGGCACACCAGGACUCGAGAUGCUGGAGAAGAACGUAAUGAUCUCUCCGGAGGUGCUGAGUCGUGAGGGGAUUAAAGUUCACCGCACGGUGCAGCAGAGCGGACAGUUCGUGGUGGUUUUUCCUGGCACGUUUGUCUCCAGAGUAUGUUGCGGCUACAGUGUGUCGGAGACGGUGCACUUCGCCACACCGCAGUGGAUGAACCUGGGCUACGAGGCUGCUAAGGAUCUGAAAUGCAGGCGCAUCGCUAAGCCCUUCUCCAUGGAGAAGCUGCUCUACCAGAUCGCCACGGCCGAGGCCAAACGAGAGAAUGCACUUCUGCUGAGUACAAUCUCCUCUCUUCUCAAAGAUCUCAGGAACAUAGAGAUGAAGCAGAGGCAGGAGCUCUACGAGGCCGGUCUGCUCUCCUCUGCACGCUACGGUGCUCAUGAUAACAGUCACGCAGACAACAGGAAGAAACCACGCAAGUGGCCGGCGCUCGAGUCGUCUGAGAGACGAUGCCAAAUGUGCCAGCACCUCUGUUACCUGUCCAUGGUGGUGCAGGAGAACGAUAACGUGGUGUUCUGUCUGGAGUGUGCACUGCGCUACGUCGAGAAACACAAAUCCUGUCGCGGCCUGAAGAUGAUGUACCGCUACGACGAGGAACAGAUCAACAGUUUGGUGAAUCUGGUGUGCUGUAAAGCUACAAAGAGCUCAGCGGAAAGCUGUAACGGAUCCAGUCCAAACAAAACCCCGACCAAGCGCCGGCCGAGGAAGGGCGCCUCCUUAGAGCUGACUCUCACCCGCUUGGGCAAAAACACCACCAUGGCUGUCUCAUGAGAGAGAGAGAGAGAGAGAGAGACGGAGAGAUGUCGAGACGUCCUGCUCUGAGAUCUACUUUUAACCAAUCGCACCUCUCUCUCUGUCUCGGUUUCUCUCCAGCGCAGAUCUUCUGCCUCCUACAGUACGGCGAGACUUGCUGUGUGCGAGCGAGCUGCCUUUUUUGCACUAGAGCGAAAGAAGGUUUUUUUUUUUGUUUGUUUGUUUGUUUGUUUGUUGUUUUUCCUUUUGUUUUUUGUUUUUUUUUAGUUAGCAUUAAACGGUGACGUGCUCUCUGGUCUGAUUAAGCAACCGAGACGGACGUCGUCCUCUCGCACGGACCCUUUUUCCUCAUCCUCGGCCCUGUCGACUGCAUACACACUCAGCCUGAACUGUGAAUCGAGACACGUCGGUGCUCCUCUUUUACAUUUUUUUUUUUAUUUUUGUGUCAAGAUUCCAGAGACACAAAGGCCGUCCGGUCGGCCUGGACUGCUUUUGUUUAUCUGUUUUUUUUUUUUUUCGUUUUUAAAUGAACGAGUUUGACCUCUUUGAAUUAGUUGCAAAGGCGAGGUAACACUUGAAAGCGAGACUUGUUUUUAGUUUUUGUUUUAGAUGUCAGAUGGUUUUAAUUGGACGGGUGCAGACGUGACGAGCUCCUGCUGCGCUGACGCUUGCGACUCCGUAACUGUGCCUGAUCUUCAGAUCUUCAGCCGAGGAGCUCCGUCCGAUUCUUUGGUGCUGUUUUAUUUUAUUUCUUUUUAACAUCAAUACACAAAAACAAAGGUAAAUGAAAAGGAGUGCUGUCGGCCUUCAGAGGCUUUCCGCUUCGACAUGUGCAAUCGUGUUAACAUUCCACACUUCCUGACUAAACAAUUCAACAGUUAACAUUAAUUAUUAUUAUUAUUAUUAUUAUUGAGGGUUUUUUUUACCAUUAUUUUUUCCAUUUCAUUUUGGAUGAGUCUCAAGUAGAGCCACUAGGCAGAGGGUGUAUAAUGUGAACUAUUUUUUUUCCUUAUUUUUAUUUUUUAUCUUAUGAGUGAUUUUUCUUAAAGGAUCCCAUCAACCUUUUUUUUUCUUUUUUUUUUUGUACAUAAUCCUGUAAAUGUCUGUUUAAAUACUUGAGCCUCUGCGUCGAGGUGCCAGAAAGAGGAAACAAGAUGAAAAACUAACACGUGAUGAAGAAACAGCCUUACCUUUCCGUUUCUUCAUCCGACCGGUGUGAGAGUGUGUGUGUGUGUGUGUGUGUGAGUGUGUGUGUGAGACACGUACAGGGUUCCUCUGGCAUCGUGGAGAAAAUCUGAAGUGCUGCUUAUAUCGCUGAUGAAUAAGAUAUGGAGUAGCGAUGCCCCUCCCCCUCCCCACCUUCAUCCCAGGUUCCUUGGUUUUGUUUUUUAGCUUUACUUUUUUAAAGAAAAGGGAGGAAAAAAAUACCUAAACAAAAAAAAAAGGGUUUUACAUUUUCAUUACUGAAAAUUCAACGAUGUAGUAGCUACUCAUGUUGCACUGAGCUUGCCAGUGGUGACUGUCAAGGAAAAAAAAAACCUAUAAUCCAGUUUGAUGGUUGUCGUCCUUUCCAGAAGACUGAACUGUUUUAGGACUAUUUAAUGAAAACCAAGUCAGGUUUUUUUCAACAGGAAAAAAAAAAUCGUGGUUGUCGAGUUUUUAUGGCCUUAUGAUGUAUUUUAUUCACUUUUUUUGCUGGUUUUGUUUUUUGUUCGUUUUGGGUUUUUUUUUCUUAAAGGUUGUAUGAAAGAUUUGCUCAGCGUCUGGUUAAUUUAUUCGCACUGCGUCUCAGCCUUUCCACACACACACGGGAAGAUUUCAUGUUUGUUAUAUUGCCAUGCUUUCUUUGUUUUACUUUCUUUAUUUUUUACUUUUCAAGUUUGUACUCAAGUUUUAAUAAAAACUUAUGGACAAUUUGUCGCCUUUUCA